CAGCCAAUGAGAGGCAGAGUUUACAAAGGUCUAGGAUGACAUCUGGUGUAGUGACUGUGGCCAGUCUUAAAGCUAGUUUUUGCUGUUUGAAACGUGCUGCUGUAAAAGAGUUUUUUCCUGUUAUUUCGAAGCCCACUGUGCCUCUUGUUUCUGAGGGAAGAAGAGCUAACUAAAUCACCUAAAUGGAUGCGAUUCUGAAUUACAGGUCAGAAGAUACUGAAGAUUACUAUACGUUGCUGGGAUGUGAUGAACUAUCUUCGGUUGAACAAAUCCUGGCAGAAUUUAAAGUCAGAGCUCUGGAGUGUCACCCAGACAAGCAUCCUGAAAACUCCAAAGCUGUGGAGACCUUUCAGAAACUUCAGAAGGCAAAGGAGAUUCUGACCAAUGAAGAGAGUCGAGCCCACUAUGACCACUGGCGAAGGAGCCAGAUCUCGAUGCCAUUCCAGCAGUGGGAAGCUUUGAAUGACUCAGUGAAAAUGUCAAUGCACUGGGCUGUCAGAGGUAAAAAGGACCUGAUGCUGGAAGAAUCUGACAAGACUCUCACCAACAAGAUUGAAAAUGAGGAAUGGAAUGAGCAAAGAGAAAGGAAGAAAGAGGAGCUGGCUUCAACCACAGAGAAAACGGAGCAAAAAGAAUCCAAGCCCCUGGAGAAGCCAGUCUCCCCGCAAAAUCCAGAAUCUUCAAAUGUGAAUGGUUGGCACCUUCGUUUCCGCUGGUCCAGGGAUGCUCCCUCAGAACUCCUGAGGAAGUUCAGAAACUAUGAAAUAUGAAAUAUCUCUGCUUCAAAAAUGCGGAAGAGCAAGACUGUCCCCUACGCUGCCAACAUGCAGCCUUUGUUUAUAUUUUCAGCAUGUCAUGUUUAUAUGUCAUGUCUGUGAAUUGCUGAGUACUAAUUGAUUCCUUCAUCCUUGAACCAGAUCUCAUAGUGCUUUUUAAAUGAGAAAAAUUUCAGAAGACAAAUUUCUUCCAAUAUUUGAAUAAAUUAAAGCUCUUAGAUACAGAGUAGAUUGUAUUAUGUUUUUUCCUGUUAAUCCUAUUUGUAGAAAUCCAUUAAAAAUCAAUCUCUGUCCAGUGUGUUUAAUUAUUUCAUUGCUAUACUAUGAUCUCUAUUAGUGAUGGAUAUACAAAAAAUGUUUUCAUAUCUUUGACUUACAAUGAAAUGUGAAAUUACUUGCCUAAACCCCAUGGAGUGAAAUAGAUAAUUUCCCCAAAGUUCA